CCUGAACUUCGCAUCUCCCCAGUUAUUUAUAUCGCAGCUUCCAUUCAUGUGAGGGCGGCGCCAUGUCACUCCUACCGCUGCCGCCUUUUCUGACCCAGAAGCACGCAUCUAAUGGUACAUGUUCCUUCAAAAACGGUGCUACCUCAACCUAUACAGGCAAUGAUAGGUAUCGUCUGCCGUUACUCAUUACCAAGCAAUUUCAUAUCCCGUCGUGGAGAAGCCCUUUCGUGCCACGCAGAGUCGGAUGUAACAAAACCCAAACUCCUCGCUGAAGAUGACCCCAACCGCCAGGAAUUCAUGACCGACGAAUGCCAGAGGAGAUAUACCUACAUUUUUUUUGACGUCUUUGACCGACAUCCGCCAGGCUUAGUCGAUCUAAC